AUGGCAUCUUCAUCAAAUCCAAUUCCAAUGGUUAUAGACUAUGGAAAAGCUCUCCAAAUCAAACCCAAAACUUUGAUGCUUAGAGAAGAGGAUCUAAAGUUGAUUAUUGAGAAGAUUGUAGACUUUGAGUCUUUUAGAGUUAGUGGGUUUCCGUUAAAAUCUUAUUUUGAAGAUCAAGGAUGGAUGAACUAUUUUGAAAUCCUGAAUGGUCCUACCUUUCCCUACUUGGUUAAGGAUUUAUGGGCUAGUGCUAAAGUUUUUUAUGAAAGUUCAGCUGCUUUUGAAGAGAAUCUGAAUAUUGUCGAGAAUAAAAAUCUCAAGGGGAAGUCAAGGGUUGAGAUGGAUCUGGAGGAAUUCAAGAAGGUGGAGAUGAUAUAUGUUGUUAUGAGGAUAGAUGUGACUAUCACUCAAAGUCAUAUUGUCAAGCUUCUGAAAAUGGACAACAUUGGUAUAUGUGCUUUAAACUCUAAAGACAGCAGUCAUGAAUCUAGUGUGAUCAAGCAACGUCUGUUUCUUAAAUCUGAAGACUUCGAAAAAGUGAAAAACAUGGAAAUUGAGUACAAACUUCUAUUUAAAAUCUUGAUUAGCUGCUUGAUUCCAAGAUAA